AUGGUUAAUGACAACAGCGAGGAAUUGUUCAGACAACCUUCCGUGGAACUGUUGGGCUCACCAAACGCCAAUACUUCGUAUGGUCCAUUGUGGGCUAUAAUGAUGAAUAGACCCUAUAAUGAAGAAGAUGAUAUGGUACCUCAGCACCAGGUGGUAUCGACAGCAAACUCAGCCGGCAACCUGGGUGAUGUUGAUCGUUUAGAUGACAUUAAGCUGGCAGUCUUGCCAUUUCAGUUCAACUUGGAGAAGCUGAGCCAGGCUGAGGUUGACAUGCUCCAUUUAUAUCACUUCAGUAGCAGGGGGAUGAAGAAUUCGCUUCGUGAUAUCAGUAUUGUUGGAUUCGCAGGAAUUUCCCCGUACAGCCACAUUAUCGAUCCGAUAACCCUGGAGACGGAAUUACUUUGCAGCAAGCGGCCUACCACUCAGAUGCUAUCGCUACCUACUCGUGUUCAUAUACAUCUGCUGGCAAGCGGUGUUUGGUACAUGCCGGUUCAGGCACCCCAGAAGUGCGAUCGAGACUCCUUUACUCUCGAACUCUCAUCUCCCGACUCGAACCACAAUCGCCAUGCCGGAACCUUUUUUGCUGCCAACUUUGAAGAUGCUCUCGACGCUGGAUACUAUGGCAAGAAACGCUUUCCUACCCGAUACAAGACUCAAAGGGCAGCCAUUUUGGGGGCCUAUAGGGAUGUUCUCCGGCUGCAAAUACAAGCCCAGCUCGAGGCCCAAGCUUCUAGGAAUGCAAAGGACACUAAAGAUGCUGAGAAUCGAAGGGACGCCAGGCGAAUUGCGAAAUGGCUUCGUCUUCUCGACGUCUCGCAGUCUCUAGGAGCUGGACCGCUGUCACAAGCGCUGACCAGGAUGGGUGCAGAUGGGUGUAGCAGUGAUGAGAGUGAUGAAGAAGGGACCAGCUCGGUCUGUCGAAUCAAACCUUGGCGAAGUCAGGAACUGGAUAGGUUUAUCAAUGCCUGCAAAGUAUCAGGGCAUUAUCUUCAUCUGAAGCCAUCAACUAGUGGGCGUGCUCUCGAAAGCAAUCGCGUUCUGCCGUUGGACCUUCCUUCAAAGUUUGUGGAUGACCAGUGGCGGACACACACAAUGAUGUUAGCGCAAGGUCUGGGAUCUAUACUAAAGUAA